CAAACGCAGCAUUUUAUUUUCGUCCGCUCUUUUCGGCAGAAAAAAAUAUUAUUAAUUUAAAACGGCUAGUCUGAGUCUCUGUAUAAAUCCCCGUAAAACGCAGAGAGACACUACCAAAAGUUGUUUGGAAGGAGACGGAUUUUCUCAGGAAAACGUGAAGGAAAAUGGGGAGCUUAGAAACUGAGAGGAAAACAAAUGGUUGGGCAGCUAGAGACCCAUCUGGGAUUCUUUCUCCUUACACUUUCACUCUCAGGGACACGGGCCCAGAAGAUGUUUAUAUCAAGAUUCUCUUCUGUGGAAUCUGCCACACUGAUCUUCACCAGACCAGAAAUGAUCUUGGCAUGUCCAAGUACCCCAUGGUUCCUGGACACGAGGUGGUAGGCGAGGUGGUCGAGGUCGGAUCAGAUGUGACCAAGUUUAAAGUAGGCGACACUGUUGGCGUCGGCACCAUCGUUGGAUCCUGCAGACACUGCCGUCCAUGCCAGUCCGACGUUGAGCAAUACUGCAACAAGAAAAUCUGGUCCUACAACGAUGUAUACACCGAUGGCAAACCAACUCAAGGUGGUUUCGCCGAUUCCACGGUCGUCGAUCAAAAAUUUGUGGUGAAGAUACCAGACGGAAUGUCGCUGGAACAAGCGGCGCCACUACUGUGCGCCGGGGUGACGGUUUACAGCCCGCUGAGCCAUUUUGGAUUGAAACAGAGUGGAUUGAGGGGAGGGAUAUUGGGGCUUGGAGGAGUUGGACACAUGGGGGUGAAACUAGCAAAAGCCAUGGGUCACCAUGUCACUGUGAUAAGCUCUUCUGAUAAAAAAAGACAGGAGGCCAUGGAGCAUUUGGGAGCCGAUGAGUACCUGGUCAGCUCGGAUGAAACUCGGAUGCAAGAAGCAGCUGACUCUCUCGAUUAUAUAAUUGACACAGUCCCUGUGUUUCAUCCUCUUGAACCUUAUCUUUCUUUGCUGAAACUUGAUGGAAAACUGAUCUUGAUGGGAGUUAUUAACACUCCUCUGCAAUUCGUCUCACCCAUGGUUAUGCUUGGGAGGAAAUCAAUUACAGGGAGCUUUAUUGGGAGCAUGAAGGAAACAGAGGAGAUGCUUGAAUUCUGCAGAGAGAAGGGAGUGACCUCCAUGAUUGAAGUUGUGAAGAUGGAUUAUGUGAACACGGCGCUUGACCGAUUGGAGAAGAAUGAUGUUAGGUACAGGUUUGUUGUAGAUGUUGCAGGUAGCAAGUUGAACAGUGAAGAAAAUUGAAGAAAAGGCGGAUUGUGUAAGUAAAGGUGGCUCUGGGAAUUCAUUUUGGAGUGCUCUGUUUUUUUUCUUUUUUUUUUUUUUUUUUUCUCUCUCUGUGUUGUUGUCAUCAUUAUUGUGUUCAGAAGAAAAGGUUUAUGUAAUAAUAAUAUUGAGAGAGAGUGAGAUUUCUAUGUAA